CGCCGGCGAAGCUAGCUGCUCCGUGCCUUCUUUCUAUAUUCUUCUUUCGUCAUUCUUUUCUCCUCUUCCAUCGCAUAAAGCUCUUGCCAUCUCCCUUAGUUGACUGGCUCUGGUGGCUUAUCAUGUGAUAGUCCUGACUCUAAAGGACUUCUUGAAAAGCUUUACUCAAACAAGAAUUUAGAAAAAGCUUCUGCUAAUUUGAAUAGGAUCUUAAAUUCAUAAUAUUGCAACUUGGUGCUUGAGUUAUGGCUGCCAAGAGGAGGAUGAUAUUCUACAUCAUGGACCCUUAAAGUGACUUUCACCAUUUUUCGAAAUUGGGAGACAUUAAAGGAGUGAGAAUGAUCCGUUCAUAUAGUCUACUUCCCUUAUGGCAGAGACCGCAUACCAAAUUUCUUGCAAGAGACUUCAAAUUUACAGAAGGUUUGUAUGUGAUGCACAAAGCAAUAAAACAUGAAGCCUUGUGCUUCUGUAGAACAAUUCAGACAGUGACGUAUGAAGUUGUUAAUGCCAGCUAUGUUCCCAGUUCCCAAACCAUAAAACAGAAUGAAGCUAAGGAUAGAACAUCAACAAAAGUUGAAAAUGUUGGUGCAUUUCAAAAGUUGCCCAUGGUGAAGCCAUCAGUUGAUAUUUUCUGUUCUGCCUUGAAGAAGGCAAAAAGGGUCUCACCUACAAAAGGCAUUGCCAACAUUGCAAAGAGAGAAAGAAAUAAAGGUUCAAAGCAACUUGAUGCUCUGAUGAAAGAACUGGCAGUUCCAUUGAGAGAGUACGUGGAUAACUUCCCUAAUAAAAAGUACUUGCACCCUUAUGAGCGAUCUCUUGUUGAGUUGACGCUAGGGGAUGGAAACUAUGAAGAGGUUUUGAGAAAAGUAGAUGCUCUGAGGAAAAAAGUAGUAUCUGCUGGAAAGGAAUAUGCCUCCCUUUGUGCUAAGUCCUUAUCGAAGAAAGAAGCAGUUGAACGGUUGAACGGGGGUUUGGAGAAACUUGAAGAAAUCUUCAAAAGUGAAGGGAAGGCUGUAGAUGAUUUACUGAACAUUGCCAAAACUUUGCGGGCCAUGCCAAUUGUUGAUCUGGAAACACCGACUCUGUGUCUUGUUGGAGCACCCAAUGUAGGAAAGUCAUCCUUGGUUCGAAUCCUCUCUACAGGGAAGCCUGAGGUCUGCAACUAUCCUUUUACAACUAGAGGAAUUCUGAUGGGUCAUAUCAUGUCAAAUUACAAACGUUUUCAGGUGACUGACACACCUGGCCUCUUGAAGAGACAUGAUGAGGAAAGGAAUAAUUUAGAAAAGUUAACUCUUGCUGUCCUAUCACAUUUGCCAACGGCAAUACUCUUUGUUCAUGAUCUAUCUGGAGAAUGUGGCACCUCACCCUCUGAUCAGUUCAAGAUAUAUAAAGAGAUAAGGGAAAGGUUUAAUGAGCAUCUAUGGCUUGAUGUAGUCUCAAAAUGUGAUUUGUUAAAAGAACGUCCGGCGGUCUUCAUCACAGAAGACAUCGAUGCUGAUCACCUUGAAAUGGCAAGGUACCGGAAAAUGGGUCCAGAAGGAGCAAUUCAUGUAUCAGUGAAAAAUGAACAAGGGCUUGAUGAGCUAAAGAGUAGAGUGCAUGAGAUGCUGAUUACACAGAUGAACAAGAUUAAAAGUCAAAGCGAUGAAGAUGAUGAUCCGGAAGUAGUAAGAUAGAAGGUUACUCCCUAUCCGCAAACAUCCAACUUAGUGCUGAAAUUAUGGAUCUGGAUGGUAUAGGUUGGUCAGAUAACACUCUGGUCUUGGGCAAGACCUUCAGGCUUUUUGAUCAAGAGGUGCAAGCCAUAUUAUCAGAUGUUCAACCAACCCCUUUACGGCUUUGCCAAUUCGUAUAUAGCUGCGGAAGCAUCCUCUUCAUCUUUGCUUCUGGGUGCAUCCAAAGGGAGUUCAUUUGAUAAUCUUGGCGAUAAUGUUUAAUUACGUACCAAUUAGUUUUGUAAUCUGUUUCCCUUUUGUUUUGGGAGGGUAAGAGGAUGAAAAUCACUCGUCUAUUAUUAUUAUUUUUUGUUGUUUAAUUAAUAUGUUAACAAUGGCACCGAGCCUUCGGGCGAAGUGGCAAUAGCCAUCCAUGGUGCAUUCUCUCCUCUUCCAGGGUUGGGGUUUGAACCCAUCCCUUGUAAAAUCCGUUCAAAAAAAAAAAAGUUAACAAUGAAUUAUACAAUAAAAGAUAAUAUUUUUU